GUGCUUUACCGCGCACAUGCACCCGACGUCAUCUCUCUUUCUUUUGUCUUCCGUGUCAACAUGGCGGCAUCCAUGGCAUCCCAGGCUGCUGCAAGAGGACUGAGGACAGCAACCUCAAAGCACAUACUUCUGGACAAACCCAAGUACACCUGGUUGAGUCCCAGGAGAUGGCUGAAUCUGCAGGAGUACCAGAGCAAGAAACUGAUGCAAGAGAGUGGCGUGGCUGUCCAGCGCUUCUAUGUAGCCGACACAGCUUCUGAGGCCCUGGAGGCCGCGAAGAGACUCAAUGCCAAGGAGAUCGUGUUGAAAGCUCAGAUUCUGGCCGGUGGCAGAGGCAAGGGUGUGUUUGACAGUGGCCUUAAAGGUGGAGUGCACUUAACGAAGGACCCUGCUGUGGUUGGUGAGCUGGCUAAUAAGAUGCUGGGUUUCAACCUGACUACCAAGCAGACACCGAAAGAUGGAGUGAAAGUGAAAACGGUGAUGGUUGCUGAGGCCCUGGACAUUACCAGGGAGACCUACUUUGCCAUCCUGAUGGACCGAGCCUGUAAUGGUCCUGUCAUGGUAGGCAGCCCUCAGGGAGGUAUGGACAUCGAGGAGGUAGCAGCCAGCUCCCCAGAACUCAUCUUUAAGGAAGUCAUAGAUAUAUUCAAAGGCGUGCAAGACGACCAGGCACUUCGCAUGGCAGCUAAUUUGGGUUUCAAAGGACCUCUGCAGAGACAGGCAGCAGAUCAGAUUAAGAGGCUCUAUGAUCUGUUCCUGAAAGUCGACGCCACUCAAGUUGAAGUCAAUCCUCUCGGAGAAACUCCCCAAGGACAAGUGGUUUGCUUUGAUGCUAAGAUCAGCUUCGACGACAAUGCUGAGUUCCGUCAGAAAGACGUGUUUGCCAUGGACGACAUGACUGAGAGCGACCCCACGGAGAUGGAGGCAGCCAAGUGGGACCUCAAAUAUAUCGGACUGGAUGGAAACAUUGCCUGCUUUGUGAAUGGAGCCGGUUUGGCCAUGGCCACAUGUGACAUCAUUGACCUGCAUGGAGGAAAGCCAGCUAACUUCCUCGACCUGGGGGGAGGAGUCAAAGAGAGGCAGGUGUACGAGGCCUUUAAGCUGCUGACUGCUGACCCUAAGUUCACCAUCUCUCCAUCUGUCCCGGUUCCAAGACAUGAGGGGAGUACCACCAUCACCGACAGCCAUGUCCAGUGCUGAGAAGAGACAUUGCGGCAAGUGUGACUGUUAGACCUCCCUCA